GAGUAAUCGUAUCUGAAUUUCCAGGAAAGGGAACACGCCCAUUUGCAGACGCAAAAGAGAGAAAACGAAACCAGCUCCCUCUUCCUGGUGACUCCGCCAUGGCUGCCACUCGGGGUCCCGUCCGGGAUCUCCGCGAGGAAGCCACUUGCUCCAUUUGCCUGGAGUAUUUCAGGGAUCCAGUGAUCAUUCAUGAAUGCGGGCACAACUUCUGCCGAUCCUGCCUGAUCCAAUGCUGGGAGAAAUCCGAGGGAGAGGCUUCCUGCCCUCAGUGCAGGGAAAGGGUGGAGCAAAGCAGCAUCAGGAAAAACCAGCAGCUUGCAAAUUUUGUAGAAAUAACUAAGAAAUUCAGCCAUCCUCAGGGGAAAGAGGAGGGAGAAGGAAAGGGGAUGGUCUGUGAGAAGCACCAGGAGCCCCUGAAGCUCUUCUGCCAGGAGGAUGAAAGCCCCAUCUGUGUGGUGUGUAAUGUAUCUAAGGAGCACAAAAGCCACGAGGUGGUUCCUCUAGAGGAGGCGUCCCAGGAGUACAAGGAUCAGAUCAGCAGCUGCCUAGACAAUGUGAGGAAGGAGAGAGAGAAAAUUCUCGUAUUUAAAGCAAACACAGAAAAGGAAAGCCAAGACCUGCUUAAACAAACAGGUGCAGAGAGGGAAAAGAUGGUGGCUGAGUUCAGGCGACUGCACCAGUUUCUGGAAGAACAGGAGAAACGUAUUCUGGCCCAGAUGGCAGAGGUGGAGAAGGAGAUUGCAGCCAAAAGGGAGGAGCACCUGGCCAGACUCUCCAGGGAACUCUCCUCUCUUGACAGCCUCAUCCGGGAGAUGGAGGAGAAGCUUCAGGAACCAGAGAGUGAACUCCUGCAGGAUAUUGGAAGCUUCUUGCAGAGGUCUCAGGAGAAGGAGAACUUAGAGGAUCCUCCUGUGGCUUUUCCUCCUGCCCUGAAGUGGAGGAUCUGGGACUUCAGCGAUAUAAAUCCCUUCCUGGAGGGAGUCAUGGAAAAAUUCAGAGACACUGUGGAAUAUGGACUUCAGCUGCGAAAAGAAAAUGUAACUUUUGAUCCAGACACAGCAAAUCCCUGGCUCAUCCUGUCUGAGGAUCGAAAGAGUGUGAGACAGGGAGAAGUGCGUCAAGACCUGCCAGACAACCCUGAGAGAUUUGACACACAUGGCGAUGUGCUGGGAUGUGAGGUGUUCAAGGAAGGCAGACAUUUCUGGGAGGUCAUUGUGGGAAGAGAGGAGGGGUGGGGGGUGGGGGUGGCCAGAAAGUCUGUGAGGAGGAAGGGUGAUUUAGGUUUUGAUACUACGGAAGGGGUCUGGGGUUUGGGGAAGUGGGGUGGUGGGUACAAGUUAUCCUCCCCCCAUGAGGCCCCUGUUCAAAGUGAGGAGCCCAAGAGGAUCCGAGUGACCCUGAAUUAUGAAGGGGGACGGGUGUCCUUUUACGAUGCAGAUACAGCAGCCCUUCUCCAUGCAGAUACAGCAGCCUCCUUCUCAGGAGAGACCCUCCAGCCCUACUUUUACGUGAAGGAGAAAGGGAACCUGAUACUUUGUUGACAGACAAGUGUAUAUUCAUUGCCAUUAUGACAUAUUCAGUCUCCUUUUCAGGACUGAGCUGAAGGAGAAACCAUAUUUCCAGAACUGUGAUUGGCCAUCCCUUGUGUCAGUCAUGAUGCAACUCUCCCUUCUUGGGCCAGUUUUGUAAAUGACACUGAUUGAAUGGGUCCCCUGUCAGUCCCCAAACCUGCCUGUUUUCUCUCCCUUGGGAAUGGGCUACUUCUGUCGGUGCACGAGGUGCAAGAAAAUAAUUUAGGAAACAACAGCAACCCUAAUCACAUUCCUCUUUUGAUGUAGUUCUCUCUCCAGCUUCCAACUUUGACUUAAGAUUUCUAGAGAUAAUACCAUCAUCUUUUCUGAAUAAAGUCAGAAUUAUGUACAGGCAUCACUUAAAACCUUUCUCAGCCUCAAUCUUGCUCUCAGAUUCCCUUUUUCCUCCCCCAAGAUCUCCACCAGUGGCGGAGAUGGAAGUUCCAAAAUCCCCUUUAUUUGCUACUCCUCAGGGAAGCCUAUUCAGCAAAAUCUCCAUAUCCCAAGAGACCUGUUUGCUAGUUGAGUAGUUGGCCCAAAACUCACUGGCAACUUUCUUCCGUGAUCUCAGCCUGGAGCCCUUUGUCAAAACACAAAUUAAUAAGUAGAAAGAGGGUGAGAGACCGGGAAAAACUGUUGGAAGGGACUGUGUGAGAUCUCACAAGAGUCUCCACAGCGCAGAAAGCAUUGGGGGGGGGGUCUUUGGCAAUGGUGGAAAGAGUUUCUAAGUCCACCUUGCUUACUGACCUCUAGAAAGUUCAAGAUCUCUGGCUUCAGACAAGCAGUAUGGUUGCUUGGGGGGCGUUUUCGGGGGGGGGGGUCUUCCUGACUUGCACCACAUUGCCUUUGCAUGCUGACCCCAGAGACGUAACCCCUGUGCAGGUUUUGGGCCUUGAUGUAACAAAAUCCCCUCUGACAGUGCAGAGCCUCUGUCAGAAGUUCUGAGGAGAAAACAUUGGCAAUCCUGAGAAUUUUGGGGUAUGUGUGUGUGGUAAAUUUCCAUGUAUAAAAUCAUUUUCACCAAGGUGGUUUGUAAUGAAGAGUCAGAUACUUACCUGUAUUUUUAGAGAUCUCCUCCUCUUAUCCUUAUGUAUAACAGGCCUAAAAGAAUUUGGGGAUAUGUUUCCUGUGCUAACAUGUUUGGUUCUAUUAAAAAUUGUACUUCUUGUUG